UUUUUUUUUUUUUUGGCUUCUAAAUCCUUCACAUGUUGCAAAAGCCAAAAACUUUUCUCAAAAAACGGAAACGCUUUGCUUUCCUUUCUUCGUUUCUGUUUUUUCACUUUGUUGUUAUGAGCGUCUAGGAAAUGAACUUUCAGCGACUGAGAAUGAUUGUUUCCGAAGCUUGGAUCGGCAGUACGGUGCCGUUUUGGUUGGUGAAGGAGGAGAUCUCUUAUUUGAUUACCAAUCAGUGGUGAGUCGGCUUUUAAGGGGUCGAAUCGUUUUUUAUUUAAUUGUUUUUGGUGGUUUCGUGAAGCAUUUUCGGUGUUUUGGUGAAAUAGAUCGUUUGGUGUUGAGCUCUGAUCUCGAAAGGUUUAUGCUUUCUUGUGUUUUGGGGUUGUCUAAUAAUAGACAAAACGAGGAUAACGAUGUCUCCCAUCUGGAUAUCGCUGCUCCUGGUGGCUUUAUCUCUAUCCUGGCUCUUCACAAUCAAACAUUGAAGAAAUAAAAAAGUUCGAAGAUUUACAGUUGUAUCCAUUUUGUAGUGGUUUUGGCUACUAGAACGUAAGUAAGGUUGUGAUUAAGGAGGAUAAACUAGCUGGGUUUGCUUUCCUUUAGAUUUUUGCGGGCACUGUAAUUUGUGGUUUCAAGUUUGAGUGGAGUCCCACUUGUGUCAGUUUUUUAAUACUUAUCUUAAGCUACACAAUGUGUUAAAAUCAGUGAUGAUGGAAAUCUACUUGGAUUAGUUUUAGGUUUAUAGCUUCUUUUGAAUUUGGGUUAAGUUAUCAAUUGCAGUAUCAUUUCUAUCUGGGAUUUUGAAGCUCCUCAUAAAGGUUUAAAUUGUGAUUGAGGGAGGGAAGCUACUCGGGUUAGAUUUGGUUAUAUGCGGUUAUUUUGAAUUUGCGUCUAAGAACAGCCGCUAGAAUCCUAUUUAGCUUUGAGGAAGGAAAGAGGUACUUGAGAUUUUUGUUUGAAUUGUUGCUGGAGCUGCUUGAGAUUGUGUUAAGGAAAAGAAACCUGGGUUUUUGGAUUGCAUCUCUUUUAGUGGCUAUCUGUGAGGAUUUGUAGUGAAAUUGAAUUUUAAGAUGGCAAUGUCCUGCAAGGAUGGUAAGCAACCAGCGAACUUGGAUAAUGGCAAGUACGUUCGCUACACGCCUGAGCAGGUCGAAGCCUUGGAGAGGCUCUAUCAUGAGUGCCCCAAACCCAGCUCCAUUCGCCGCCAACAGUUUAUUAGAGAGUGCCCAAUUCUCUCCAACAUUGAACCCAAACAAAUCAAAGUUUGGUUCCAAAAUAGAAGAUGCAGAGAGAAGCAGAGGAAAGAGGCAUCUCGCCUUCAAGCAGUGAAUAGGAAGCUGACGGCAAUGAACAAGCUGCUUAUGGAGGAGAAUGAUAGGUUGCAGAAGCAGGUGUCGCAGCUGGUGUAUGAGAAUGGCCACUUUCGCCAACAUACUCAGAACACGACGCUUGCAACCAAAGAUACAAGUUGUGAAUCAGUGGUGACAAGCGGUCAACACCAUUUGACACCUCAGCAUCCGCCAAGGGAUGCCAGUCCUGCAGGGCUUUUGUCCAUUGCAGAAGAGACUUUAACAGAGUUUCUUUCAAAGGCCACUGGAACUGCUGUGGAGUGGGUCCAAAUGCCUGGAAUGAAGCCUGGUCCGGAUUCCAUUGGAAUCAUUGCUAUUUCUCAUGGUUGCACUGGCGUGGCAGCACGAGCCUGUGGCCUGGUGGGUCUAGAACCUACAAGGGUUGCAGAAAUCCUCAAGGAUCGGCCAUCAUGGUUUCGUGAUUGCCGAGCUGUGGAUGUGCUGAAUGUGCUGCCCACUGCCAAUGGUGGAACCAUUGAGCUGCUGUACAUGCAGCUUUAUGCGCCGACAACAUUGGCGCCUGCUCGUGACUUCUGGUUGUUGCGCUAUACUUCUGUUCUAGAGGAUGGCAGCCUCGUGAUCUGUGAGAGGUCACUCAAAAAUACUCAAAAUGGCCCGAGCAUGCCACCAGUACAGCAUUUUGUGAGAGCAGAAAUGCUGCCAAGUGGGUACCUGAUAAGACCUUGUGAAGGGGGUGGCUCAAUCAUACACAUAGUUGAUCACAUGGAUUUAGAGCCCUGGAGCGUGCCUGAAGUGCUGCGGCCCCUGUAUGAAUCAUCAACAGUUCUUGCUCAAAAGACAACAAUGGCGGGUCUGCGCCAGCUGCGGCAGAUAGCUCAGGAGGUUUCUCAGUCUAAUGUAACCAACUGGGGCAGACGACCUGCAGCACUACGAGCAUUGAGUCAGAGGUUAAGCAGGGGUUUUAAUGAGGCUCUUAAUGGGUUUACUGACGAGGGAUGGUCAAUGAUGGGAAAUGAUGGCAUGGAUGAUGUGACUAUCCUUGUGAAUUCAUCUCCUGAGAAGCUGAUGGGUUUAAAUCUUUCCUUUACUAAUGGAUUUCCAUCUGUCAGCAAUGCAGUUUUAUGUGCCAAAGCAUCGAUGCUUUUACAGAAUGUUCCUCCUGCAAUCCUUCUUAGGUUCUUGAGGGAGCACAGGUCAGAAUGGGCAGACAACAACAUUGAUGCUUACUCAGCUGCUGCGAUUAAAAUUGGUCCUUGUAGCUUACCGGGGGCUAGAGUUGGAAGUUUCGGAGGUCAAGUCAUACUCCCACUUGCUCACACUAUUGAACAUGAAGAGUUCUUGGAGGUUAUUAAACUGGAAGGAGUGGGCCAUUCUCCUGAAGAUCCAAUAAUGCCUAGGGACAUGUUUCUUUUGCAACUCUGUAGUGGAAUGGAUGAGAAUGCUAUUGGUACCUGUGCUGAACUUAUAUUUGCUCCCAUUGAUGCGUCCUUUGCUGAUGAUGCUCCUCUUCUACCUUCUGGUUUUCGCAUCAUUCCCCUUGAUUCUGCCAAGGAAGCCUCAAGUCCAAAUCGCACCCUGGAUCUUGCUUCUGCUCUUGAAAUUGGACCAGCUGGAAACAAAUCUUCUACUGAGUAUUCUGCUAAUUCUGGUUGUGUGAGAUCUGUCAUGACAAUUGCAUUUGAAUUUGCAUUUGAGAGCCAUAUGCAAGAACAUGUAGCAUCAAUGGCCCGGCAAUACGUCCGCAGUAUUAUAUCCUCAGUUCAGAGGGUGGCAUUAGCACUAUCUCCUUCUCAUUUGGGGUCACAUGCCGGUCUUCGGCCACCACUUGGUACUCCUGAAGCACAGACGCUUGCUCGUUGGAUCUGCCUGAGUUAUAGGUGCUAUCUGGGUGUGGAGCUACUCAAAUCCAGCAGUGAAGGAAGUGAAUCUGUCCUCAAAACCUUGUGGCAUCACUCUGAUGCUAUCAUGUGCUGUUCCCUGAAGGCAUUGCCAGUCUUCACCUUUGCGAACCAAGCUGGGCUUGACAUGUUGGAAACAACUUUGGUUGCUUUGCAAGACAUUACUUUGGAGAAGAUAUUUGAUGACCAUGGACGAAAGACACUCUGCUCAGAAUUCCCACAGAUAAUGCAACAGGGUUUUGCUUGUCUUCAAGGUGGUAUCUGUUUGUCAAGCAUGGGCAGACCGGUCUCGUAUGAGAGAGCAGUUGCCUGGAAGGUGUUAAAUGAAGAAGAAAAUGCACACUGCAUCUGCUUUAUGUUUAUAAACUGGUCUUUUGUAUGAGAAUUGGACCAGAAUCCAGUAAGUGAAAAGAAAGAGAACUAGAACUGCGUCAGUGUUGUUUUGUUGGCUUGUUUAUCUUUUAUCUAUUACAACCUUGGUAUACUUGGUAAUACCUAUAAAUCUGCAAUGUACUAAAUUUCAUUUUGUGUGUGGGAAUCAUUGCCCUAAGAAAUUGCAUGGAUGGUUGUAUUCGACAAUCACUUUGUUGAAAAGCUGCUUUGGUCUUUUUAUUUA